AGUGCUGGUGAGUGUUUCAUUUCCUUCCAUUUUCCCAGUUUUUCUAACAGAGCACAAAAAGCAUACCUUAUCUGCUUCUUUCUCUCUCUCUCUCUCUCUCUCUGCAAUGCAAUUAGGGUUUUAAUUCAAUUCAGAAGCUCACACUCUCUCUGUUGCUACGAAUUUCCCCAGAUUUUCCAUCUCGCACGAUUCAACAAACCCUCCAUUUCCCAUCUCCUCCCUUAAACAUCACCAUGACCACCCACCACGAACACGACGCCGCCACCGGCGACGCAAAUCCCGGUAACCAAGUCACCAGCAGCGAGGUCAGUGCUCACAUUUCCCAACUCCCAGUCACCACUUCACCGGAACAUUUUAGGGUUUGUUCAGAACUCGCACCACCAUCAUCCACCGUUGAUCAUAGUGAACCGUCGGAGUCUAAUGGUUCUGAGAGAAAUGGCGGGGUGUCAACGGGUUUCGAAGUGGGUGACAUGGUGUGGGCGAAGGUGAAGUCUCACCCAUGGUGGCCAGGGCAUAUAUACAACGAAGCUUUUGCAUCAGCCGCGGUGCGUCGAUCCAAGAGGGAAGGGCUUGUGUUGGUGGCUUUCUUCGGUGACAGCAGUUAUGGGUGGUUCGAAUCCGGUGAGCUUAUUCCCUUUGAUGAGAAUUUCGCUGAGAAAUCGAGGCAGGUGAAUUCCAGAGCAUUCUUGAAGGCUGUGGAAGAGGCAGUGGAAGAAGCUAGUAGGAGGAGUGCUCUUGGAUUGGUUUGUAGGUGUAGGAACGCUAAUAUUUUCCACCCCACCACUGUUCAAGGGUAUUUUUCUGUUCAUGUGCCUGACUUUGAGCCUGGAAUCUAUUCUACUGCACAGAUUAGGAAGGCAAUAAAUGGUCUUGGACCCGCCGAAGCGCUUGCUUUCGUCAAGCAAUUUGCCAGUGCUCCCCAUGGUGGUGGUCACAGAAGCAUUGGUUUCACUAAGAAUAAGGCUGCUGUUGUUGGUUUUCGACGGGGAGUGUUUGAGCAGUAUGAUGAGCCUUAUGCCCUGGCUUUUGAUCAGCCAGUGGGUCAUCCCAUUAGAGCUCCUUUGAGUGGUCUGCUGGUGACAGGAGAAACAUUGGGUGGCCGGAAGAAGACUCCAAAGUCCCCGAAAGUUAAGGACAAUUCCAAUAAGGAUAACUAUAUUUUCAAGCGUCGAGAUGAACCCAGUGACUGUUUCCAGUUAACUACCAAGGAGGAUACACCAGAUGCAGCUGAGAAGAGGCCAUUAGCUGUGGCUGUAGCACCUCAGGUUUUAGAGAAGCAUGAAGAUACAAAGUUUGUUAGCCAGGAUGGCGCAGAUUCAGCUAUAAAAGCCAAAGUAACUGUCGAAGGCCAGGUUCAACCAGAUGGCACUGGUCUCACAUCCCCAGAAAUUACCUUUGAUGCUGACCUUUGUCUUGACAAGGGCAAUGAAUCUUCAGAAGAAAUGACCAAGAGCUUUGAACCUGUUGAUGUUGCUAGCAAAAGCAUGGGCAGGCCUGAUUCCUCCGAGGUUAUGGCAUUACCAAGCAUAGUUGAUGAGACAUCUCAGUCUACCCCUCUGGAAAGUAAAACUUCCAUUGAUGUUAAACAUGAUGUAAAUGUAGUACUGUCAGGACCACAUAAAGAUUUUCUGCAAACAGAGCAGGGAUGUCUGACUGUAACUGAUGAAGUAAAGCAUCACAAACUUACUGUUGAUGGUGUGCUGAAGAAGGUAAAAGUUCGUAAGAGACCUGCAGAUGAUGUGAACUCUGAGACUUCUGGUAUUUUAGAAAAGAAGAAGAAAAAAAAGAAAGGGAGUUUUAAUACACAGCCUACCUCAGGCCAUAUGGAGAAGACUUCUGAAAAAUCUGUACAUCUCUCAGGAAAAUUGAUAGGAAAACCUGUGUCAAUUGGAUUGGCCCCUAGAGAAGAUAUACCUAAAGAACCAGGGCAGAUGGAUGCUUCUGGCAAUAAUUUGCUGCCUGUGGGUAACAAAGCAGAAGUUAAUCUUGAGUUGCCACAGCUCUUGGUUGAAUUGCAAGCUCUUGCUUUGGAUCCUUUUCACAGUGUUAAAAGAGGGAUCCCUGCAGUUACUCAGCAAUUCUUUUUGCGCUUCAGAUCCCUUGUUUAUCAGAAAAGCUUGGUUUUGUCCCCGCCAACAGAGAAUGAAGCCCCUGAAGUUCGUCCUUCUAAAUCUACUUCCAGUUUCGGGGCAUCUGACAGUCCUAAUGAUCGUGCCAGAGCUUCACCACUUGUAAAGUCUGUAAAACACAUUGUUCGGGGUGAUGAUCCAACCAAAGUUGGGCGGAAAAGGGCCCCCUCUGAUCGACAAGAAGAAUAUACUGCAAAGAGAUUGAAGAAAAUCCAGGAUAUAAAGUCACUGGCGGCAGAGAAAAAAGCGGCUAGCCAGAAAACUUCUGAAGCUCGGCAAGGAGAGGGAAAAGGUUCCAUGAUCCAGGCUCCACCUAAAUUAGUGAAACCAAAUUUAACUAGGAAAGUGGAGCGUCCAGCUAAGCCACUUGAACCCACUGUACUGGUGAUCAGAUUUCCUCCUGGGACAUCACUUCCAUCUGUUGCUGAGCUGAAGGCAAGGUUUGCUCGUUUUGGGCCAAUCGACCAAUCAAGCCUCCGUGUCUUCUGGAAGUCUUCAUCAUGUCGAGUUAUUUUCAUGCACAGGGUUGAUGCAAAAACUGCAUAUAAACAUGCUGUAGCAAAUCAAUCCUUGUUUGGCAAUGUGGCUGUUAGGUACUUCCUACGGGAACUUGGGGAUUCUUCACUGGAUGUCUCUGAAGCUGCCAAGGGUAGAGGAGAUGGUGUGAAAGUGUUUGAUCCAAAAGUGGCAACUUGGUCGACUCUAAAGACUUACGGGAAACCCCCGGUAUCACGUGGAGGCCAAUCAGUCACCUUAGUUGGGAAUGGCUUAGUAAUUUUUGGUGGACAAGAUGCAAAGAGAACUCUCUUGAAUGAUUUGCAUAUUCUUGACUUGGAAUCCAUGACUUGGGAUGAAAUCGAUGCUGUUGGGGUUCCUCCUUCUCCGAGGUCUGAUCAUGCUGCUGCUGUACACGUGGAGCGAUACUUACUUAUCUUUGGUGGGGGUUCACAUGCGACUUGCUAUAAUGAUUUGCAUGUUCUCGAUUUGCAGACUAUGGAAUGGUCUAGACCAACACAACUGGGUGAAAUACCAACAGCACGUGCGGGACAUGCUGGUGUGACAGUAGGGGAGAACUGGUUCAUUGUUGGUGGGGGUGACAAUAAGAGUGGGGUUUCAGAGACUGUUGUGUUGAAUAUGUCUACGCUGACAUGGUCAGUGGUUACCUCUGUUCAAGGCCGUGUACCUGUUGCUAGUGAGGGCUUGAGUUUGGUUGUAAGCUCAUAUGAUGGUGGAGACCUACUUGUAUCAUUUGGAGGAUAUAAUGGACGUUACAACAACGAGGUCUAUGUCCUUAAACCAAGCCAUAAAUCAACCUUGCAAUCAAAUACAUCUGAAAAUCCUAUACCAGACAGUGUUUCUGCUGUUCACAAUGCCACAAAUGCUACUCGAGAUGCGGAGUCUGAAUUUGAAGCAGGCCAUGAAAGCAAAAUUAAGGAACUUGUCGUGGACAAUGGUGAUUCAAGAAAAUUGAAAGGCGAUGUUAUAUCAGUCCUGAGGGCUGAGAAAGAUGAAUUGGAAUCAUCACUCAGCAAGGAGAAGUUGCAUACUCUUCAACUAAAGCAAGAGCUUGGAGAAGCUGAAGGACGUAAUUCUGACCUUUGCAAGGAACUUCAAUCAGUACGUGGUCAGCUUGCUGCUGAGCAGUCAAGGUGUUUCAAACUUGAGGUGGAAGUUGCUGAGUUAGGACAGAAACUCCAAACAAUUGGGACAUUACAGAAGGAACUUGAACUCCUCCAACGGCAAAAAGCUGCAUCUGAGCAGGCCGCCUUAAGUGCAAAACAAAGGCAAGGUUCAGGCGGUGUAUGGGGUUGGCUUGCCGGUACUCCCCCUAACCAGCAAGAGGAAGAUUGAUGAACGCUUGAUUAGCCUAAGUAGAUAAUGAUGCUCUAUUAAGUUUCAUUAACCAAUUUUAUAUCCUAUACAUUUUUUGUUUUGAUUUGAUUCAGUUCUUUUUCUAAUGAAGGAAAUAAGAUUUAGCUGUUGUUUGGCCAAAGUAUACCAACCCCCCUGGGGGUUCUUUCAGUAUUUACAUAUUACAGAUACACUGUAAUUGUAGUUGUGUAGUUUCAUAUGGCAGUUCAAGUUAUUGUUCCCACCAUUUUUGCUGAUUUGUAUUCAAUUCAAAAUGGAUCCCUGAUUGAAUGAAAUGAUUUGAAAUUUUCUUUUCG